CUGGGGGGAGCCGCUCGAGAUUCGCAAGGGGCCUGGGGCUCGGCGCUCAGUUGGCCCUUCUGGAGCAGUUGCUCUUGGCCCAGGCCUCGAGCGGCGCUCCGUGGGGAUGGAAAAGGAGCCGUCGAGACCUCAGUCUCUCUACCCCGGUGCCUGGCUGCAGGUGGGCGGGGGAAGGGAGCUGCUGACAACUCCAAAGGGUAGAGCCUGGGUCCUGAGCCUUGAGCCUGCCAAGGGGAUUCCACUGCGCUCCCCUGCGAGGGCGGGACAGGAGAGGUGGCAACCUACGUGUUACCGGCGUUUGCAGUUCGCCCCGAGUGUGUGAUCCUGUGGCUCAACUACAGUUUCUAACUGGUUCUGGCCCCCUUUACUGUUCCUAAUCAGUAACUGAGUGAGCCUUUGAGAAGUCCCCCUCGCCAGAGUUCCGUCCAAGCUGUAGUAGACAUCCUUUUGUUGUUCUUCCCCUGUGCUUAGUUUCGCCUAUAAGAAAUUCCGUAAAGCCUCCACCAAAUUGUAACGCAUCCUGAUUCCGGCGAGACUGAUGAGUAGAUAUGGAAAGGAAGGAACUAGUUUUCAGAACGAAGGGCGUGAUUUCUGUAGCUUCUCAGCAAACAGUUUAGGACAGAGGACUGGACGCUGUUAUGCAAGUUUUUGGAAGCUAGCUGUGAAGUCUGAAAACUUGAAAUCACUGCCAACUGCGUGGAAGAACAAGGAAGAAAAUGUAGUUUAGUUGGAAAGGCUGAUUCUUUCCAAAUGUCCUCUCCUUAGGCUCUCCAGGCCCCAGUCUUUUGUUAAAAUUGGCGGACUUGUGUAAAAUGUAAAUAAUCAAAACUUGUGUUUCUCAAAAAAAAUUAAAAAGUUAUCUUGUCUAAAAAAGUUGAAAUACAGUCCAUCCUUAAUCCUUAGGUUUGGGCCUAGCAGAAUUGCAACGCAAAUUCUGCCUUCAUCCUGGUAAUAGUAGUAGAAAGUUUAGUCUGGUAGUUUAAGAAAUUGUGUUUUUAAAUCAUUGCGCUAAUCAAAAUCUUUAUUUGUGAAUUGUGGGACUGUUGGCCCCAAAAGCACAUUAUUUGUGUUAAUAAACCUUACUUUAACAGAAAAGUAGAAUUAAAGGUUUAGAUGAUUUAAUCUCUUAUGAUGUUUUAAUAGUGUAUUUUUUUUUUUUUUUACAAUUGAAAGGAGAUAAGGGCUUUAACCCGAAGCAGGAAGACUUUCAAUUAGUUGUGGCUAAUUCUGUUCAAUUGCUUCUUGUGGAGGUCAUGCUGCCUUAUUCAUGAAAUGUGAAUGGCUCUAUUGACAACAUAUGGAACUGAACAUUUGAAUGACUGGAGGUGAACAUGUAUGAAUAAUAGAGAGAUGAGAAAAAGAAAAUGAAUAGUCCUUCCUGGGGUGUGUUUAGAAAUGCUUGAAUCAUUCGCCAAACUUAUAUUAGUAGUUUCUCAUUGCCAAGUAGUCUAUUGGGUCAUGCCAGUGUGCAAUAUAUAUUUUUGGUGUGAAUUUGGAUGUCUUAAAAAAAAAAUAACUGUACUGGUCUUGAUUAGAAGUUGAGUUAAACCAAAAGGAGUUUGAUAUCUAUUGAAACGUUGUCUUAAAAGUAGCUGACCUAAUUAGGAUUUUGUUUUGCAGAUAAUUUGGUGGCACACUAAAAACAAAUUACAGUUUAUUUGGUUAGCACAAUCUUUAAUUACAUUUCCGCCAGCAGUAAAUUGUCUCAGUACAAGUACACAUUCCUUAAAUAUAUGUGAAAAUAAGUUCCACUUGUAUAAAUAAGCACCAGGUCUGUUGUCAGAAGCCCUACUGUGAUCACUCAUUGGACAGUUCUGUCAUCCUUGUACUUGUGUGACUUUUAACCAACUUUGUAGUUGUCACCAAGCCAUGCGGUCUAAAUUCUUUAUUAUAAAUGUUUCUUUUAUUCCUAAAGCUCUAGAGGUCUCCUAGCUCCACCUUUGAAAGGAGCAGAAAAACACGUGGAAUUGGGCUUUACUUCUCUGUUACUUGGUGUUUGGAACAGGAGGCAUAAGAUCACCGUUUCUUAAAUUUUACACAAUUAUAAAAGCGUUUAAGUAGACUGUUUCAGAGUUGAGAACUAAACAGAAGAGUACGUAUCAUUCUUUCCCGUAUCUUAACUCUUUCUCGGGUAAUUAAGAUAGUAAACAUUUGCCUUAGGACUAAUUGAUGAGAACACCAUUCAGGAAAACUUUGUGUUUUGUGUCUUUUGUUGAAUUUGCAAGUUAAAUGCGUAUGUAGUUUGUUCACUUUAUUCGGUUGUAAUGUAUUGCCUUAAGAAUCUCGUGUGUGAAAAAUUGAGUAGUUUGAGCUGUAAAAUAAUACCGUAGUUCUCUUUUCCAAAAGUAACUUGUAGUACUUUACUGAAAGUGGCUUUUAAAACAGUAACUACUGGAAGUCUUUGCUUACAAACUGCCUUUAAAGGCAGACUUGAGUUUACAUCUUUUGAAUUUGCACUUACAGAGUUCUGAACCCAAAGAGGAGUGCUUGUUGGAAUAUGUUACUUUAGCCAAAAGACAGAGAAGUUGCUCAAUUGCCAGUGAGAGCUAAACGUAUUAAAAUCUCAAUGGAGUUUCAGAAUUAUCUUAUCACACAGAGAUGUUUGAGUUAGCUGGGCUGAGGCGAAAGUCCAAAAGGUACUUUCUGCUGGUGUGGCUUUAGUGUUCUCCUGUUAGAAAUCGUCUGCUCGGUACCAGAAUUGGGGCUGGAGUGGGGGUAAUGGGCCUUAUGGUUUUCACAGCUGUUUUUCUGUAUUUUCCAGACUAAAACUUGAACAUAGCAGGCUGAUUUAUGAGUCACUUUGGAUCAGUGUCUUAAAACAGCUACAGCCUGGCUUUUUGUUUUUCAGCUUUCCAGAUUUCUGCUGAAUUUGCAGCUCUGCAGGCCCCAGUGGGAUUGAUUAAGAAGCUGAGCUGGAUUUGCAUUUUAAAAUUUGACUUGGAAGUCAGAUUUCCAAAUGCUAAAAGGAACAAAAUGAUGGCCGGAACCAAAUGUUGUAAAUGAAUUAUUUUCAUGUAUAUUUAUUUGCUUGCUAACGUGCAGGAAGACUUUUCUCUACCAUGUAGCAUUUAAUUUUCAAGCAUUUGGCCGGCUGAGUUCUAGGGACUUGAGUCACAACAGACUGUCUUUAAUCAAGGCAAAUUCCAUGAGCCACCUUCAGAGCCUUCGAGAAGUGAAACUGAACAACAAUGAAUUGGAGACCAUUCCAAAUCUAGGACCAGUCUCAGCAAAUAUUACAUUUCUCUCCUUAGCUGGAAACAGGAUUGUUGAAGUAUUACCUGAACAUCUGAAACAGUUUCAAUCCCUCGAAACUUUGGACCUGAGCAGCAAUAAUAUUUCAGAGCUUAAAAUCCCCCUUCCACCCCUACAACUCAAAUAUCUGUAUAUCAACAGCAACCGGGUCACUUCGAUGGAACCUGGGUAUUUUGACAGCUUGGCCAACACGCUCCUGGUGUUGAAGCUGAACAGGAACCGAAUCCCGGCUAUCCCCCCCAAGAUGUUUAAACUGUCCCAACUACAACACCUUGAACUGAACCGAAACAAGAUUAGAAAUGUAGAUGGGCUCACAUUCCAAGGGCUUGGUGCUCUGAAGUCUCUGAAAAUGCAAAGAAAUGGAGUAACAAAACUUAUGGAUGGAGCUUUUUGGGGGCUGAGCAACAUGGAAAUCUUGCAGCUGGACCAUAACAACCUAACAGAGAUUACCAAAGGCUGGCUUUACGGCUUGCUGAUGCUGCAGGAACUUCAUCUCAGCCAAAAUGCCAUCAACAGGAUCAGCCCUGAUGCCUGGGAGUUCUGCCAGAAACUCAGUGAGCUGGACCUAACUUUCAAUCACUUAUCAAGGUUGGAUGAUUCAAGCUUCCUGGGCCUAAGCUUACUAAAUACACUGCACAUUGGGAAUAACAAAGUCAGCUACAUUGCUGAUUGUGCCUUCCGGGGGCUUUCCAGUUUAAAGACUUUGGAUCUGAAGAACAAUGAAAUUUCCUGGACUAUUGAAGACAUGAAUGGUGCUUUCUCUGGGCUUGACAAACUGAGGCGGCUAAUACUCCAGGGGAACCGGAUUCGAUCUAUUACCAAAAAAGCCUUUACUGGUUUGGACGCAUUAGAACAUCUAGAUUUGAGUGACAACGCAAUCAUGUCGUUACAAGGCAAUGCAUUUUCACAGAUGAAGAAACUUCAGCAAUUGCAUUUAAAUACAUCAAGCCUUUUGUGCGAUUGCCAGCUAAAAUGGCUCCCACAGUGGGUGGCAGAAAACAACUUUCAGAGCUUUGUAAAUGCCAGUUGUGCCCAUCCUCAGCUGCUAAAAGGAAGAAGUAUUUUCGCUGUUAGCCCAGAUGGCUUUGUGUGUGAUGAUUUUCCUAAACCCCAGAUCACGGUUCAACCAGAAACACAGUCGGCAAUAAAAGGUUCCAAUUUGAGUUUUAUCUGCUCGGCUGCCAGCAGCAGUGAUUCCCCGAUGACUUUUGCUUGGAAAAAAGACAAUGAACUACUGCAUGAUGCUGAAAUGGAAAAUUACGCACACCUGCGGGCCCAAGGCGGCGAGGUGAUGGAGUACACCACCAUUCUCCGGCUGCGCAGCGUGGAAUUCACCAGUGAGGGGAGAUAUCAGUGUGUCAUCUCCAAUCACUUUGGCUCAUCCUACUCUGUCAAAGCCAAGCUCACAGUAAAUAUGCUUCCUUCCUUCACCAAGACCCCCAUGGACCUUACCAUCCGAGCCGGGGCAAUGGCACGUCUGGAGUGUGCCGCCCUGGGGCAUCCAGCCCCACAGAUAGCCUGGCAGAAGGACGGGGGCACAGACUUCCCUGCUGCGAGGGAGAGACGCAUGCAUGUUAUGCCUGAGGACGAUGUGUUCUUUAUUGUGGAUGUGAAGAUAGAGGACAUCGGGGUUUAUAGCUGCACAGCUCAGAACAGUGCAGGAAGCAUUUCUGCAAAUGCAACUCUGACUGUCCUAGAGACCCCAUCCUUUCUGCGGCCCCUGUUGGACCGAACUGUAACCAAGGGAGAAACGGCCGUCCUGCAGUGCAUUGCUGGAGGUAGCCCUCCUCCCAGACUGAACUGGACCAAAGAUGACAGCCCCUUGGUGGUCACCGAAAGGCACUUUUUUGCAGCAGGCAAUCAGCUGCUGAUCAUUGUGGACUCUGAUGUCAGCGAUGCUGGGAAGUACACGUGUGAAAUGUCUAAUACCCUUGGCACUGAGAGAGGCAACGUGCGCCUCAGUGUGAUCCCCACUCCCACCUGCGACUCCCCUCAGAUGACCGCUUCGUCGUUAGACGACGACGGAUGGGCCACCGUGGGUGUCGUGAUCAUAGCAGUGGUUUGCUGUGUGGUGGGCACGUCGCUCGUGUGGGUGGUCAUCAUAUACCACACAAGGCGGAGGAACGAAGAUUGCAGCAUUACCAACACAGAUGAGACCAACUUGCCAGCAGAUAUCCCUAGUUAUUUGUCAUCUCAGGGAACCUUAGCCGACAGGCAGGAUGGGUACAUCUCCUCAGAAAGUGGAAGCCACCACCAGUUCGUCACUUCUUCAGGAGGUGGAUUUUUCUUACCGCAACACGACAGUAACGGAACGUGCAAUAUCGACAAUAGCAGUGAAGCCGAUGUGGAAGUUUCCACGGAUCCAUUCCUUUGUCCCUUUUUGGGAUCCUCAGGCCCUGUGUAUUUGAAGGGGAAUGUAUGUGGCUCCGAUCCUUUUGAAGCCUAUCAUACAGGCUGUGGCCCUGACCUGAGAACAGCUUUAAUGGACCACUGUGAGCCCAGUCACAUAAAGAAAAAGGAGUGCUACCCAUGUCCUUAUCCUUCAGAAGAAUCCUGUGAACAGAAUGGCAGUGAUGUAGGAUGGCCUUCACAUGUGAGGAAAUUAAUCAACUCCACUUACUCUCAGAAUGAAGGACCCGGAAUGAAAAGUUUGUGUCUAAACAAGUCCUCUUUAGAUUUCAGUCUAAGUCCAGAGCCAGCAUCAGUUGCUUCAAGUAAUUCUUUCAUGGGAACAUUUGGAAAGCCUCUGAAGAGAGCUCACCUGGAUGCUUUUUCAAGCUUUGGGCAGCCAUCAGAUUGUCAGCCAAGAGCAUUUCACCUAAAAGCUCGUUCUUCCCCAGACUUGGACUCUGAGUCAGAGGAAUAUGGGAAAGAAAGGACAGAUUUUCAGCAAGAAAAUCACACGUGUACCUAUCAACAGACCUUAGAAAACCAUAGGACUCCAAAUUUUCAGUCUUAUGACUUGGACACCUAGACUGAGUAGGAGCAAAGAAGAGCUCUAACAUACUACCUCAAGCAGACUUUUAUUUAAAAGAGAGAGAAUCCUAUGUUUUUAAAUGGAGUUAUGAAUUUUAAAAGGAUAAAAUGUCUUAUUUAUACAGAUGGACCAAAAUUACAAAAAGUUAUAAAAAAUUUUAUACUGGGAGUAACUUUCAUAUAAGGAUACCUUUUUAAACUAUUUUAACUUUGUUUUAUGUGAAGAAAAAAUCUUAAUGUAAAUUAAUGGUAUGAAUCCAUGACUAUUUUAUGUAUUUUUAUAAUGCCAGAUUUCUUUUUAUUGAAAAUGAGUACUAAAACAUUUUAAUUAAUACCUGUCUUGUACCUUUUUUGAAUAGAGGUCACUUCAUUUUAUUUUGCACAUUGCAUUUAAUAAAAUGUGUCAUUUUGAUCCCAAGCCCCAUCUAUACAAUUACAGUUUUUGUUGUUCUCAACACAUUUUAGGCUUAAUAAUUUCAUAUUAUCAUGUCCAAGUUGAAGGAAAUUCUACUUAGCACAUUAAAAUAUGAGCCAAAACUGACCAUUCUGCCUAUCACACAGAGUUGAGGUAAUGCAAACUCAAAUCAGAUUAGUGUAUAUAAAAGCACAUUGUAAACGAAAAAGAGCUACAAAGAUUUGAGGUGUAUUAAUUUAUUUCUAACUUUACAAACAAAAGAUUUGUUGGUAUAGUCUGGUAUAAUGUAGUGCAACCACCAUUGCUUACAUCACUGCCCAAGCCAUGUUUCUUUAAUUAUAAUAAUGCCUUAUGUGGCCUGAUGCCUUGUGCUUUUCCAAAUAGUUUCACAUUUACCAUCCCUUUAAUUAUAACAAGAGCAUGGUUUACUGCACAUUUCUGUAGUUAAAGUGGCUAUAACAGAGGUGAUUUUCAUUUACUGUUCCAGGUUAUAGUGGGAUGCUGAUAGAAAUCUUGGCUAUAUUUUACUGAUUUUGUGUUGGAUGAGCAGUUCUUAUAAAAAAGGUACUUUUAAGCUAUUCUAAAGAAUUAAAAUAUUUUCCUAAUUUGGUUAUCCUGCCUUUGGUAAAAACUGAGUAUCAAAUCUGUUACUUAAACUAUUUAAAAUAUUUGUUUUAAAUAGUAUUUAAGUGAAAAUGUCAUUACAUGGUGCAUAUAUACACACAAAACAUGAAUAUAGUCAUCUUUAAAAUUAAGUGACAUUAUUUCAAUUACUUGAAAUAAACUUAAGUCUACUAAUUCAGGUGAUGAAAUUGGAUUUUUUGAAGGCAAUUCUUGUUUACGUCUAUAGUUUAAAGACCAAUCCUCUUGCCCAAGAAUAGUUAAAUAUAUAUGGGAAGAGUUAAUGCAUAGCACAUUAAGCUUUAAAAUCCAACCUGAUGAAGGUGUGAAUUUAUACCAUUUUCAGUCCUUUGAACUAAAGUGAAAGCAGUUGUUAGAAAAGCAGAUUCUUCUCGGAGGAUAUGUUGGGGGGGUGACGUUUUCCUGCUUAGGGAGUGUCCAGUUUUGUCGUCUGUGAGCCAGAAACGACCCCAGACUGUAGUAAGAUUUUCUUCCUUUAAUGUAGACACCAGAGUCUAGGACAGGAAGUUGAUCCUUCCUUGGACCACCAGUGACUACGUGCAGAGAAGUGAUUUUGUAUGCUUUGGCUUUAUCAUAUUGCCAGACUUUCAAAAUCUUAUUAACUUGUCUUCAUUAUUGCCAGAUGUGUUGCAAGCAUUGAUGGGGGCCUAUUCAAUGAUUAAGAACUUCUUUUAAAGGAUUUCAUUUUUCCGGACUUAGCCACAAAGGUUUAAAUCAUUAACACUUGAAAUUCAAAAAUUAUAUUCAUUCUACUUUAAUAUGAUUUUUCCCUUUUACUCUGUGUGUAUAUAUGGAUUACAGAUAAUUUUAGCUGUGUGGAAAAACAGCUCAAUUUCUCUUUGACAUUUGCAGGAAAAGAACGUAUAUAAUCACAAAAUGAAUCUAGUAAGUAUUAAUAUAUCCUAGAAUAAUACAGACUUCAGAAAAAGAUAAAUACCAAAUCAUUUAGUUUAUGAAAAAUAAUGCCUAAAAUUUUUCAAUGUAAUCUUUCUGUGCUUUCUGAUAAAGACUAAUUCACAUACAACAUAUCUUAAUAGAUGUUCACGCCACUUUCAUAGUGUUUUCUUCAUUACCAGUGCUAAUGAUAACAUCGUUACUGUGGGUAAUCUCAACCUGUUUUUUAAGAUAUUUGGAGAUAAAGGUUAUAUAAUUGUGGCAGGCAACAUUAAAAAAAUUUUUUUAAUGUUUAUUUUUGUGAGAGACCGAGUAUGAGCAGGGGAGGAGCAGAGAGAGAAGGAGACACAGAAUCCGAAGCAGCUCCAGGCCCUGAGCUGUCAGCACAGAGCCUGACUCGGGGCUCAAACCCAGGAACCGUGAGAUCAUGACCUGAGCCAAAGUCGGACACUUACCCGACAGCCACCCAGGUGCCCCAGCAAUAUUUUGUAAUGUCUAGUCUGUGGAACGUUUACAACUCACUUUCACAGUCCUCUUUACAGAAGCCAGAAAUUACUUCUCAGAAUAAAGCCAAUGGUACUAUUUUUAAAAACUUGGUGUCAAAAAGGAAAGUGAAUUGGUAUUUGUACACACCUGAAGGGUGUUAGUCCUUUUGAUUUAAUGUGAUAGGAAGUAAUUUAUAACCAACAUUACAAUAGAUGUGCUACAGGGGUAUUUUUCAAGAAGGAGAACCAAAUAUCACCACAGAGAGCCUGCUGUGUGCCUCCCACUCUCGGAAUCUGCAGUGGUUGGACUUGUGUAAUAGGAUAAUUUAGAACUCACUAUUUUUUAAGACGGCAUUCCAUGAACAUAUUGAAUAGCUCAGCGUCCUGCCAAAAAAACUAUUAGAGUCUUCAAAGAGGGGUAUGGUUUCUUCAUGAAUUGAAUUAUUUCAAUAUUUGAGAAAUAUCCAGUUACCAGAACUUACCUUUUUCCAUGAGGCACUUUUUAAACUAAUGUAUAAAAACAAAGUCUUUUAACAGAGAAAUAUUGAUCCCAAUAUUUGGGACCAUUUGGUUUGUUUUUGUUUUUGUUUUUGUUUUGAGAAAUCUGAUAAUUGGUGUCUUUUAAUAAAGAUGUUUGAUUUAACUUGAGAUGUAUUACUGAGAUAAAAAAAACAUGAAAAUCUAUAUUAUAGAUUGAAAUGUA